AUGUGGCACACCCUGAAGCUUCUUUCCUGUCUGGCGGCAGUAGCUACUGCGUCGUCUGCGCCGGCGUCUGACGGAGCCAUAUUCCUAUUUGAUGCGAAACAAGAUGUCGGUCUCCAGGGCCAAGGUUCUAUCCAUGAGGACGCUGCCAGGCUGUUAUUGCAGCAACGAAUGCAAUCGACUCAGACCACACCUAGCACAGCCCUGGUAGAACCUAUCGUACAGCUACUGGAUAAUUUCGGCGGAUACCAGUACAAUCUCUUCCAAGAAGCAGAUAGCAGGAAUCAGCAAAAACUCCUUGUUGUGGUCGAAGGUCUUGUGAAUGGUUCUUCUGCCACACCUCAAGAAAACCCGACUGCUCAUCUUCAUGUCUCUCAGAUGUCUUCCGAUUUCAUCGAUAGAUUUAUUGCGGAGAGUAUCUCCGAAACCGACGGGUUCUAUUCUUCGGGCUGGAAACAUUGCGAAUACGAAGUUACGGCGGAUCAAGCAUCUAGCAGCGAGCAUCCCAUUUUCAUUGGAUCUCCCAAAUCCCCGAUGACUGGAUUGUUUGACGGCCUGCCUUUGUCGUCACUCGAGGCGUGGUCCGAUACCACUGGUUCCAAGGAGAUUUUGAGACUAUCGUUCAAAGAGCAAGCGGACCUUUCAACAGCGACGCAACUAUUGACUACACUCUCUAAGAUGUUCGAUUACGAGGAACGCACCAUCGUUCUCGUUUCUCAACCCAAAUCCAGCAACAAACACACCACGAAUAAUCAUUAUUCCGUCAAAUCUGUCCCUCACGUCCAAUCCCGCAGAAGCCAAAUUGACGACAUACCAUCCACCCUCCUACCAGUAUGCCACAGCACCAACACCUCUUGCACCAGUGCCACAAACAGCUGUUCAGGCCACGGAUCAUGCUACCUCAAAGCGGGAGAUUGCUACGCAUGCAAAUGCCACAAGACAACCGUUCGAACCGCCGAUGGCAGCAUUCGCACUGUCCAAUGGGGUGGCCCAGCCUGCCAGAAGGAAGAUAUUAGCACGCAGUUUUUCCUCAUUGGAACCAUCACGGUCCUUGCGAUCUUGGCUGUUGCCGGUGGAAUAAGUAUGUUGUUUAGCGUUGGUCAGGAGGAACUGCCCAGCGUUAUCAGUGCGGGUGUUAGCUCAGUGAGAGCUCCUACUAGGUAA